GUCUCUCCGUUUAGACCGACGGCGACCCCACCUUCCCCCUUCUCUCUCUACGCUCCUUCCUCCGCCUUCGCCGAGGCUUUCUCUCUCCUCUCCGUUCUCCGGCUCGAGGAGCUCCUCCUCCGGACCUCGCCCAGCGAAAUCGGCCGACCACCCCCGCGUCGCCGGAUUGGAGAUCCGGAUCCCCCCGCGCGCGGCUGUAUGCUGUGUGAACUGAGUAGUUGGAAUUGUGGAAAGAAAUCAUUUUGAGGUUUGUUUUCACAGGUACUUCAGAGAUUUGAAGAUUCUAUACUACCUUUAGCUUCAUGGUUGCAAGACCAAGUCGCCAUCACCUUCUGAAUUUGUGUUCAACAUGUUAGUGGUUUAAAAAUUCCCAGAAUUGGGGGCAAUGGCAUCUGGUACAAAAUCUGAUUUGGUGUCUGGGAGCCCUGAUGGGCAUGGAUACUUCAAUGCACAACGUGGGGCCUAUGCAGCUGCUUCAUUGGAAAGGUCAGGAAGCUUUCGUGAAGGUGGUGAUGGUUACGCAAUGUUUCCAGCAUCAAGCUCAUCAAGGUCAGCCGGAGUGGACUCUGUCAGUCUACUUCAAUCACUUGCUGUGGACUUAAGAACUGUAACUGUGGAUCACAAGACAUCUCGGUUAGAUCUUAAGAAAUCAAUAAGUUCCAUUUUUGGAACCAGCACAGAAGAUUCGACAUCAAUUUCAUCUCUUGGAAGAAAUCUACCAAAUUCUAUUGAAGAGAUCAGACGCAUGAGGAGUAAUCUUAACGAUAUCUCAAAUAAGGCCAGGGAAAGAUCUAGAGCUUUUGGUGGUGCUGUAACGAAGCUUGAUAAACUUUGUCCCAAUAUUGUACGAAAACGUUCUCGAGGAGAUGGUUCAUCAAAUGAACGAGUGUUAUCAUCUGGAGGAGCCAUUCCUAAAAAUGUUCCUCAAAGCCAUUUAAAUGCAGAUGAUAUGGAAGUUGGACUUCAGAGAGGAGAAGAGAGGACAAAGAAUGCAGGGCAAAACAGGAGAAUACGUACAUCCAUAGUUGAGAUGGAUGCAAGGACAGCUGGUCAAUCAAGGGGGCCUGGGCCUGUUGAUAGAAUCUCAGACCCUGGCAAAGCCACCAAUGGCAGUUCUGCAGUCUCGGAAGAAAAAAUCAGAGGUUUGGCAACUAGUAUUGAUGGUUGGGAGAAGCCAAAGAUGAAGAAAAAGCGAUCUGCCAUUAAGGCAGACAUGUCAUUGGCUGGUGUUUCGAGGAGUGCUGAUGUAGACCGGGAGUCGAAACAAGGCAUGCAACACAAGUUUAGUAGUGAUGGUAGGGCGAGAAUGGCAAGUUCCCCUAGUUUCAGGUCUGGAACUGUUGCAUAUGGCACAAGUAAAGCAGAUUUGCUUUCUGCACAAAAUGGUCUUGUUGGACGACCCUUAAAUAGGAGUGACCAAGACAGUGGCUUCCAUCCUACUAACAAAAGGGAGCGUCAAGUUGUUUUAGAUAAAGAAAUGCCCAAUCCAAGAACCAUUAACAACUCACACACCCGGACACACACACAUCGAUUUUUCAGGCCUAAUGAGGAUGAUAGUGGAGGUAACAUCACAUCAUUACCGAAGGUGAAUGGGUCUGCCAGGGGACCCCGAUCAAAUUCAGGUUCAUUAUUGAAGUCAUCUCCAAACAUCCAUCGAUUACAAGCUAGUUCUGAUGAUUGGGAACAUCCUUCUGGUACAAAUAAGUUGAUUUCUGCUGGUGGAUCUGGCAAUCCUAAACGUACGAAAUCUACGCAUUCAUUAUCUCCUCCCACCCAGUGGGGUGGGCAGAGGCCUCAGAAGAUAUCCCGUUCAGCAAGGAAGUCAAAUUUGGUCCCUAUUAUCACCACUGAUGGUGCACUGGUACCAGGUUCGCUAGAUAGUCCUGUCAAUGAAGAUUCUGCAGGGCUGCCAAGGCGUGCAUCUGUAAAUGGUCUUCAACAAACAAAACGGGGAGAUCAUGGUCUCUCAACUGGAUCUGAAGGUGAUGAGCCUGUAGUUGCUGAAAAAAAGUUAAGGGACAAAAGCAAAAGGGCUGGUGAACUGGAUGAUGGGCAUGGCUCUGGUUUUCAGAAAAUUGCUAUGCUUGGGCAUCCUUCCAAAAGGAAUAAGUUGUCAGCUGAUGAGGAUAUUGGAGAUGCUGCAAGGAGACAAGGAAGAGUUGGACGGGGUUUUACUCCGACCAGGCCUGGCACUCCUGUAUCAAUUGAUAAGCUUGAAAAUGCUCCGACUACAAAACAAAGAAGUGCGAGAACAGUCUCAGAGAGAAAUGAGAGUAAAUCUGGAAGACCAAUGAUGAAGAAGAUGUCUGACCGCAAAGGCAAUGCACGGCCUAGGCAUACCAAUAGCAGUCUGCAAUCAGACUCUCCAGUGCAAUCAGAAGAUGACCAUGAGGAACUUCUUGCUGCGGCAAAUGCUGCCCUAAGAUCUGCUUGUUCAAGUCCAUUCUGGCGGCAGGUUGAACCUUUCUUCGCCUUUUUAACUGCAGAAGAUGUGGCCUAUCCUAGUCAACAGAUACAUUUGCCAGAUGAUUCCACCUCUAGCAGGUCAAUAGAAGGAGAUGAAGGCCAAAAGUAUAAGGGUGGUCUGGAGUACAUUUCACAGCCAUCAACUCCAGCUGCAAGUAAUAAAGAUGAUCACACUGCCCUUCCAAAUGGUUUUGGCUUGAACCAAUCGGAUAAUGGCAUAGGGGUUUCAUGGGAGUCAAGCUGCAUUGAACCGAUCCUGGAUCAACUUGUCCAUGGGAUUGGGGUACGAGGAGGGUCUUCGGUUGGCCAAAGACUUAUUCAAGCUUUGAUCGAUGAAGAUAAGAUUGAAAGUAUUACCAACAAUGCUUACAUAAGUGAGGGAUAUCCAUUUGAUACACAUGAAAUUCAUUUUGAUGAAGGGGGAUGGAAGUCCCAUGCACAUAAUUAUAAGUUAGAACCUUUAAUGAAUUUCGAAGCUUCAGUGAGGGCCCCAAAUGGUCUGAUGAUGGAUUCUGACUGGAAAUAUAAUGAUGGGCUGUCACAUAAAAGCAGUAAUGUCAUGGAUAAAACCAAGGUGUGGCCUGAGUUCCAGUACAGUGAGAUGUGCUUCAGUGAUAGGAUUAUCAUCGAGCUGAGUGAAGUCGGUGUAUCUAUUGAACCUGUGCCUGAUCUUGCACAGAGUGAGGAUGAGGAUAUUGAUACUGAAAUCUGUAAAUUGGAAGGCCAACUUCAUAAAGAGGUUAUGGAGAAGAAAAACUUGCUAUUGAAACUGGAUGGUAUUGUUAGAACUGCAAAAGAGUCUCAGCAGAGGGAAUUCUCACGGCGUGCUAUGGAAAGACUUCUGCUGAGAGCAUACGAGAAAUAUAUGGCUUUCUGUGGUCCAAAUGUUUCAAGCAGCAAAAACGUUAAUAGAGCUGGCAGACAUGCUGCUGUAAGUUUUGUCAAACGAGCACUAGCACGAUGCCGAAACUAUGAGGAGGUGGGGAUAAGUUGCUUUGAUGACCCCACUUUCAAGGAUAUGUUUUUAUCAGCAACGUCUCAUAGAAGCAGCCUGGAUGCUGCCUCACAAGAUAAUAAUACAACAGUGAAAUCAGUUCAUAGGGCCAGUGCAUCAGAUGCUUCGCGGGCAAGCAGUCACCUAACAGAUCUGUCGUUUGUGAAGGAGGAUCCCUGGACAAACAAUGUAAAACAAAGGGAACUGUUGCUCGAUGAGGUUGUAGGUAGCAUAACAGGAGGAACUUUGAAAACCUCGGGGCUUGGUACUUCCCUUGUCAGCAAUACAAAAGGAAAGAGAAGCGAGAGAGACAGGGAAGGGAAGGGGCACAACCGAGAAGGUGCUAGGUCUGGCCGUCCACCAUCAUCAAAUGCCAAAGGUGAAAGGAAGAAUAAAACAAAGCCCAAACAGAAGACAGCCAACAUCUCCGCCCCAUCAAACAGUACUCCUAGGGAUCCACAGGUUCCAGCCAAAAUAACGCCUUCAGGCAAUGGCAAGGACAGCACAGCAGCUCCUGCUGCUGCUAGACGUGAUGAUCCAGCAAAUACUGCAAAUGAUGCCGAAAUACCAGACUUGUCUAACCUCGAGCUGCCGGGAAUGGAUGUUGACUUUGGCGGCUGGUUAAAUAUGGACGAUGACGAUGGACUCCAGGAUCUCGAUCUGAUGGGCCUCGAGAUCCCCAUGGAUGACAUCAACGAAAUAAAUCUCAUGAUAUAGCCGUACAUUUCCAUCUCAACGGGGCCCAAUAGAAAAGCUCCCUAUAGUGCACAGGUAACAGGUGAUUUUCUCACGGUAGCCACCACCCCAGCAGGUUUAACACCAGGCCGGCUAGGCUUCACGUAGUUUUGAUAAAGUUUAUAGAGACCUCUUCACAAUCCUCAACCACAUUUUCUCCUUUUUGUACCAUCGUGUAAUUCGCCUCCCUACCUUGUACCCAAUGUUCUUCUGUCGUGUAGACGUGUACAUAUCUAUUUUGGUGCUGUACAAGGUUGGGAGGCUAGUUGCUUCAUUUAUCCAGGUGUACCCCAAAGGUUGUAUAUAUCAGUAUAAUAUCACCAUCCUAGUGCUGAAAUAAAGCGCGUCAGUUAUAGCUUUUGCUCA